AUGCAUUGGGCUCUCUCUAGCUGCAGCGUGUCCCAGCGUUCAGUGUCUGCUUUAAGCGUGUCCCAGCGUUCAGUGUCUGCUUUAAGCGUGUCCCAGCGUUCAGUGUCUGCUUUAAGCGUGUCCCAGCGUUCAGUGUCUGCUUUAAGCGUGUCCCAGCGUUCAGUGUCUGCUUUAAGCGUGUCCCAGCGUUCAGUGUCUGCUUUAAGCGUGUCCCAGCGUUCAGUGUCUGCUUUAAGCGUGUCCCAGCGUUCAGUGUCUGCUUUAAGCGUGUCCCAGCGUUCAGUGUCUGCUUUAAGCGUGUCCCAGCGUUCAGUGUCUGCUUUAAAGCGUGUCCCAGCGUUCAGUGUCUGCUUUAAGCGUGUCCCAGCGUUCAGUGUCUGCUUUAAGCGUGUCCCAGCGUUCAGUGUCUGCUUUAAGCGUGUCCCAGCGUUCAGUGUCUGCUUUAAGCGUGUCCCAGCGUUCAGUGUCUGCUUUAAGCGUGUCCCAGCGUUCAGUGUCUGCUUUAAGCGUGUCCCAGCGUUCAGUGUCUGCUUUAAGCGUGUCCCAGCGUUCAGUGUCUGCUUUAAGCGUGUCCCAGCGUUCAGUGUCUGCUUUAAGCGUGUCCCAGCGUUCAGUGUCUGCUUUAAGCGUGUCCCAGCGUUCAGUGUCUGCUUUAAGCGUGUCCCAGCGUUCAGUGUCUGCUUUAAGCGUGUCCCAGCGUUCAGUGUCUGCUUUAAGCGUGUCCCAGCGUUCAGUGUCUGCUUUAAGCGUGUCCCAGCGUUCAGUGUCUGCUUUAAGCGUGUCCCAGCGUUCAGUGUCUGCUUUGAGCGUGUCCCAGCGUUCAGUGUCUGCUUUAAGCGUGUCCCAGCGUUCAGUGUCUUUUUCUUUUUCUCUCUUUUUCUUUUUCUCUCUUUUUCUUUUUCUCUCUUUUCUCUCUCUCUCUCUCUUUUUCUCUCUCUUGAUUUUUUCUCUCUCUCUUUCUCUCUUUUUCUCUCUCUCGUUUUCUCUCUCUCUCUGUUUCUCUCUUUCUCUCUCAUUUUUUCUCUCUCUCUCUCAUUUCUCUCUCUCUCUCUCUCUCUCUCUCUCUCGUUUCUCUCUCUCUCUCAUUCUUUUCUCUCUCUCUCUCUCGUUUUUUCUCUCUCUCUCAUUUUCUCUACACUCUCUCUCUCUCCUCUGUCGUUUUCUCUCUCUCUCUCACUCUGUCGUUUUCUCUCUCUCUCACUCUGUAAUUUUCUCUCUCUCUCUCUCACUCUGAAUAUUUUUGAAAACUCUGUUUUUCUCUCUACUCUGUCUUUCACUCUCUGUUUCUCUCUCUCUCUCUCGUUUUUCCUCUCUCUCUCUCUCGUUUUCUUCUCUCUCUCAUUUUCUCUCUCUCUCUCUCGUUUUCUCUCUCUCUGUCAUUGCUCUCUCUCUCUGCUAUUUUCUCUCUCUCGGUCGCCUGUCGUUUUCUCUCUCUCUCUCUCACUCUGUCGUUUUUUCUCUCUCUCUCUGUCGUUUUCUCUCUCUCUCUCUCACUCUGUCGUUUCUCUCUCUCUCUGUCGUUUUCUCUCUGCCUCUCUCACUCUGUCAUUUCUCUCUCUCUCUGUAAUUUUCUCUCUCUCUCUCUCAUAUCUGUCGUUUUCUCUCUCUCUGUCAUUUUUUCUCUCUCUCUCACGGCCAUAUUUCUUUUUCUCUCUUACUUUGUCGUUUUCUCUCACUCUCUCUCUCUCACUCUGUCGUUUCUCUCUCUCUCUCACUCUGUCGUUUUCUCUCUCUCUCUCACUCUGUCGUUGUUUUCUCUCUCUCUCACUCUGUCGUUUUCUCUCUCACUCUGUCGUUUUCUCUCUCUCUCUCUCGUUUUCUCUCUCUCUCUGUCGUUUUCUCUCUCACUCUGUCGUUUUCUCUCUCUGUCGUCGUUCUCUCUCUCGUUUUUCUCUCUCUCUCUCUCAAAAAAAAAUUUUCUUCUCUCUCUCUGUCGUUUUCUCUCUCUCUCUGAAAUUUUCUCUCUCUCUCUCACUCUGUCGUUUUCUCUCUCUCUCUGUCAUUUUCUCUCUCUCUAACUCUGUCGUUUUUCUCUCUCUCUGUCGUUUUUCUCUCUCUCUCUCUCACUCUGUCGUUUCUCUCUGCCUCUGA